AUGGGUUAUUUUGAAUAUUAUGCUAAAAAUCCUAAUGCUCCGGCAUAUACUUAUCAACAGUUCCCGCAACACUUUGUAUGGUGUAAAAGGGUUAAACAGUGGAAAAUUAGACAACAAGGAUUUGCAAUUAGAAGAAUGUAUUUUGUUAGCCCUAACGCUGGAGAGUUGUACUACUUACGUAUGUUACUCACAACUUUUAGAGGUGCUAAUUCUUUUGAAGACUUGAAGACUGUAAGUAAUGGAGACGUAGACGAGGUGCACAAUACGUUUCAAGAUGCAUGUAUUGCACUUGGGAUUUUAGCACAUGAUGGAGAAUCGGAAAAAUGUCUUCAAGAAGCAGUGGUUAUGCAAACUGGAAAUCAGUUGAGGAAACUAUUUUGUAUUUAUCCUAUCACAAUUGCAGGGACUGGAAAAACUUUUUUGUACAACACAAUAGCAAGAAGAUGUCGUAAAGAUGGAAAAAUAGUCUUAACUGUUGCUUCAUCUGGUAUCGCUUCACUACUUCUUGAUGGAGGUCGAACGGCACAUUCCACUUUUAAGAUUCCAUUUGAAGUCCAAGACGAUAACAAUAUUAGUAUUAGUAAAGACUCGAAUUAUGCCCAGCUGCUUAAAGAAGUAAGAUUGAUCAUAUGGGAUGAAGUUUCAAUGCAACAUAGAUUUUGUGUGGAAGAAGUUGAUCGCCUACUACGAGAUAUUCGCAGUGAUGACAGACACUUUGGAGGUGUAACAGUCGUCUUGGGUGGAGACUUUAGACAGACUUUACCAGUGGUCUCGAAUGCAAGUCGAGAACAAACUGUUGGAGCAUCUAUAAGAGGUUCAUUGCUUUGGGAUUACAUUACUGUCUUGACGUUAAACCAUAAUAUGCGAUUGGAGCAGGAACCGGAAAAUUUGGAGUUUGCUGACUACUUGCUUGAGAUUGGAACGAACCCUAAAGAGGUUGUUAAUCUGCCAUCGACAAUGGGUAGAUGUCAAAACAUGCAUGAGCUAAUAUCUUCGGUGUAUCCUCUGUUAGUAAUGGACGAACCAAUGUCACCCAAAUACUUAAACGAGAGGAUCAUUUUAUCUCCACGUAAUGAAGACGUCCAUAAGAUUAAUAUGGAUGCAUUAGAAAGAUUACAUGGGGAGACUUACACGUAUUUUGUUGCUGACAAAAUGAUUCAGGAUGAUCAUGGAAGGGAUUCGGAUUUUACAACUGAAUUUCUUAACAAUUUAAGUCCACCAGGAACACCUCCAUUUAAGCUAGACCUCAAAGUUGGAUGUCCCAUUAUGUUGCUGAGAAAUCUGGCACCGAAAGAAGGCCUUUGUAAUGGUACAACACUGGUGGUGACGAGGUGCGGACGACACGUGAUUGAAGCUAAAAUCAUAACGGGAGAAAAAGCUGGUGAAGUAGUAUUCAUCCCUGGAAUAACUUUUCAACCUUCAGCUUCAGAGCUAAACAUACAAAUGGAAAGACGUCAAUUUCCCAUACGCGUUGCAUAUGCGAUGACUAUUAACAAAUCCCAGGGACAAUCGGUGAAGUAUGUGGAAAUUGAUUUACGUACUCCAGUAUUUAUUCAUGGUCAGCUAUAUGUCGCAUUGUCCAGGUGUACUGCUGCAAGGAGAAUUACUUUAUUAUUUUCAAAUGAAUCAAAUGUGUCUUUAGAUCCGGUAAUAAAAAAUGUAGUGUAUCCUGAAGUAUUAUUAUAG